AUGGCACCGGCUCCCAUGACGCGACAAGCCCCCUUGGUGAUCGAUUUGACAGGAGACGACGAGGAAAUCCCGAAUGCGCCUUUUCUGCUGCCGUCAAAUCAUGGCCUGAUAAUUCCUGGGUCAUUUCCAGCGCCUUCAACUGGAAAUUCGCGAUCAUAUAUAAACUCUCAAUCAGACCAUCACUUUGCGCCAAUAUUACCAAAGAAUCUAGAGUCAAAAGGAGCUUCAAUGCCUACCCCUAAUGGAUUCACUUAUGCGCCGAUACUACCAGGCGCUACUGUCGCAACUAGAACUACUCAACCUAGAGAUAUAGCACUGUCCUCCAAUACAUCCGCGAUAAAAAGACGAGAUCAGGAAGGGAACAAAGACAGUAGCACGCGGUCUAACCAAGAGCCACACUCUGAAAUAGAACAUGCUCCGAAGAGAAGGCGGAUUUUGAGGGCUCCAGAAGAGAUUAGCUCAAGUCAGGGUUUGCAGCCCACAAUCGAAAAUGUAGCCCCCAGACGGUGGACAGAGAGGGGAAUGGCUGGCCAGGACUUCGCUCAACAUCCCAACGGGCAACUCGAACAAAAUAUUUCUUUUAAAGAGAUGCACCCUACGAUUGAAAAUGCCCCCAAAGUUAGACGGUCGACGAGAGGGACAACGGUGCAGGACUCCACUCAGCACUACAACAGACACACUCGGGAUAUCGAAGAAUUUACACCCCGACGGGCUUCGAUGCCAGCUAUACUACCUCCUAAACGAGCCACCUCAAGCAUCAGCGAGUCUUCGAAAUCCCCCAUCUCUCAACCUACUUCUGUAUCUUCACAGGCCAAUGAUAGGUUCUCGGAGACGAUCCAUGAUCAGGUGUUCAUUCACAUCAAUGCUGCGAUGGUGCGCCACAAGCAAACAAUAGACCCAAAGAAACUCCACGAGAUUGGCACUUCAGUUGCUGGUGUACUUGUGGACAGUCCUAUGUUCGGAAACCUCAAUCGAUAUGAAGUAUCGCAUGAAGAUGAGAUCGUGAUAUCAGAGAAAGUCAAGCAUUACGUAGACGAGUUUGUUGCAUAUAGUCUGGGCCCAGCAACAUCCUUCAGCAAGAAUGUUGAUGCUUCUAGCACACAUGGGGACGAACGAAAAGUCAAGAAAACAAGCAGUGUUUCUCUUCCGAAAAGAGGCACGCGAUCUCGAACUCAACAUAUUCAAAAAGAGCUAGAUUCUUCUUCAAAAGACAUUCAGUUUCUGCAAAACGGCUCUCUACCCAAGACAGAGAGAGGGAGUUUUGCUACCUUCAAGCAAGCUAACAACGACACUGUGCACGUUGAGACAACUCUUGAUCUAGUGGAUACAAAAUCUUCUCAUGAUACACAUUCCUUCUAUCAAACUAUAGAUGGACAGCCACGGCCAUAUAUCGAUGCUAGGGGCCGUGAGAGAAUUCGCCGUGGCCUCCAACGCGUCUCUGAUCAAGAAAGAGAGGUACUUCUCGGGCGCGUCUACCACAUUGACUUCUGUGAGGAAGAACUAUCGAUUGUACGCAAAGUUUUGAAAGCGCAAACACAACUGAGAGGGAAGCCAAGCAUGGCACUACUCAUGGAAAAGCAGACGCUAGAAGUACCUGAAUUAGUCUCGUUAUUGAUAUCGCACCCCUGUGAGGAUCCCAGCCAUGGCCUUAUUCAGAGUCGUGGACAAGAAUCAUUGGCUGCUUUCCUCAGAGAUGCCGCUAAUGGCGAAGUAUCAAUGAAUUCAAGAACCCUUAUGGUAGGUCCUAAAAGGUCUCCUAGACAAUUCUCUGCGCUUUUAGGUCAACGUGAAGUACACGGCAUGGCCCCUGUUCGAUCCUGUGGUGGUCAUAAAUCAUACGUACGAGAGAUUAAUUCUGCCCUUGAGGACUCAUUGCAAAGAAAGGUUGAGUGGACAGAUUGCUGCGGUGACAUUUGGGCCAUCAGUUGGACAAGUAGUGAUGCUUUUGUAUGUGGUGCUACUGCACAUUCUGAUAGCCACAAUAUGCAAUACAACAAACCAGGUAAUCUCGUAGUUGGUUCUGUUUCUAAAGAGACCUUGGAUGCAAUGCCAGAUCAUCGUAUUGCACGGCCAAUUGUGAAUGUGAGAGAUAAUGCUGAGAAUGCUCUUCACUCUAUGAGGCAAACUCAGGAUCCUUGGCUUUACACUUCUAUUUCGGCAAUAUCCCAUAGCCACAAUAGUGGCCUCACUUUCACCGCAAGCUUUGAUGGGACUGUGAAGGUUUGGAGGGUGUCGCCAUCUGACACUGGAUCGUCAAUGGAUAUAUUGGGGACCUGGGCGCACGAAGGAAAAGUCAAUUUCGUCACAACAUCGGAGCACCAUGAUCUUGUGGCUACAGCGUCUGAUGUUUACAACGACGCUGUUCGUAUUUAUCGCCUCAAUAGUGACAACAUAAGUGGAUCGACUUUCCACACGUAUAAUGGUGAGAAAGCGGCCGAGCAAGCCCGUGAGUUGCACGAUAACAAUUUGUGGGCAUACUACCCUGCUACCGUCCAAUGGGGCAAAGCAGACAGUGUUUCGAACCUUUUAUUGGUUGGCUACUCACCUCGUUCAUUUAGCAAUGAUGAGGUUGAUAUCCCAGAAGACAAGAGAAAUAGCGGAGAGUUAUGCUUGUGGAAUGCCUUUGAUGGUUCUAAGGUUCCCAUUGCUUCUGCUCGUGCCCAGAAUGUGUUUGAAGUUGUCUGGCAUCCUACCAAACCAAGCUUCAUCGCCGCAACCUCUUCUUACGGUUCUUUCAAAAGCGAGGCAAAAACACAAGUUAGAUUAUUUGCAGCAAGAACCGACAAUGAUAAUUAUACCGCUUUCUAUCCAAUUAGAGUUCUUGAUUGCCCUGCCAUGGAUAUCAACGAAUUAACAGUCAUGCCAAAUAGCUUUCAUCAGUGCUACGUAACGGCUAGCUGUACUGAUGGCAAUACUUACGUGUGGGACACUGGAGCAAUUGACGACGAUGCGAUUCAUGUUCUUCCACAUGGAGAAUCGCUUGAUAACCCCUACCAUGAUAUUCCUCGUGAACUUGCAGACACCGGCGUUAAGUUUGCUGCUUGGGGAGAAACUUCUGACCGAUUUUAUACCGGUGCUUCUGAUGGCAGAGUUAAGGCCUGGAACAUUCAGAGACCGCCCGGAAAAGCAUUUGUCCGCGAAUUACUAGCGGCCUCUGGUGGGAUUGGUGCUGGCGCAUUUUCUUCGGACUUUUCCAAACUGAUCAUUGGCGAUGCGACAGGAAAAGUCCAUUUGUUGACACGCAAUGAAGAUGAUCCUGAACUGGAGUAUUCCGACUUUGAAGAGACUGAUGAUUCAUUCAGGGUUCAGCCUGGCAAAAACAAUCAUUUUCUUUCGCAUCUCAGAGGUCCCAGGCUAAUCAAGCACCAUCCGGAACCUGAUCCUCCGGACAACUACAUUAUACAAGAUUUUCCUGACACAGGGGUUGGAAUAUCAAACCAUUUUGUUCAGAGUAAAUUUAUCACUAUAAAUACAGAUCCUGCUAUUGGUGCAGUUCAAGGUCCAAACUAUCACGAGACUAGCCUUUAUCGUCUCGAUGCACACGAAGAUCAAGAUGGCACCAAACCCUUACUACCAUACUACCAAGCUCGACAGCAGCAUGAUCUACAUGUAAACAUGGCACCCCAGCCCCUUCCAAUACUACCGAACAUUACGCGAAGUUCAGAUCUUAUUGCUCAUAUGAAUAAUCUAUCUCUAAGUCUUGAGUUCGACAUGCUGGAACCAAUUACUCGCAGGCAAUUAUUGGAGGAUAGGGCGCAGCUCGAAGCGGAUGAUGACUUCGAGUAUGAGGUUGGCCCAAAGAUAGAGAUAUUUGGUACCAGGCGGUCUAAAAAACAUUGA